UCUUUUAUUGACCAAACUGAACUAAACUAAGUACAUAAAUCCCAUUCGUUGAAUAUUCAAUUCAAUACUCGAAGCCUAUAUAUAACUCAAGAAACAUAGAUCAACUUCAUCAAAUCAAUCACCCUCAAACUAAAACUACAAUCGAAAAACCAAACCAUCAUUCACAAUUAAUUAAGCCUCCAAAACAAUAAUUAAACCAUAUAUCCAAAAUGACAAGCACCCGUGUUUCUCUCUGCCUUAGCUUUGCAUUCCUCUUCUAUGCGGUGGUUGGAGGAGCUAAGGUCACAUUCACAAAUAGAUGUGAAUACAAUGUUUGGCCAGGAACGUUAACCGGAGACCAAAAACCUCAACUAUCAACGACAGGUUUUGAGUUAGGACCUGGAGCAACAAUUUCAGUGGACCUUCCAUCACCAUGGUCGGGUCGAUUUUGGGGUAGAACAGGAUGCUCCAAUAACAAUGGAAGGUUCAGCUGUGCCACAGCCGAUUGUGCUUCCGGUCAAGUGGGUUGCAAUGGUGCUGGCGCAAUCCCGCCAGCAACAUUGGUUGAAAUAACGGUAGCAUCAAACGGUGGACAGGAUUUCUAUGAUGUGAGCAAUGUUGAUGGGUUCAACGUCCCCAUGUCGGUAACGCCACAAGGUGGGAGUGGUGACUGCAAAACCUCAAGUUGUCCUGGGAACAUCAAUGUUGUGUGUCCUUCAGAACUUCAAGUGAGAGGUUCUGAUGGGAGUGUGAUUGCUUGUAAGAGUGCUUGUUUGGCUUUAAAUCAAGAUCAAUAUUGUUGUCGCGGAGAUUACAACACUGAAGAAAAAUGUCCACCCACAAACUACUCUAUGGUUUUCAAGAACCAGUGUCCCGGUGCUUAUAGCUAUGCUUAUGAUGAUAAGAGCAGCACUUUCACUUGUUUUGCAAGACCUGACUAUGCCAUCACUUUCUGCCCAUCAACUUAAACAUACUCCACUACUAAACAAAUAUGUCAUCUUAAUUUAUUUAACUUAAUUAUCUAUUUGUCUAAAAUAAAAUAAGUGCAUAUAUACGGAUGCACAUAUAUUAUUGUAUUUUUUUGAUAAAUUGUUGUAUUGAUGAAUAUAUAUUAUUUGGGUUCUUUAUAUUAAUCAUCGAAUUUGAGAAUUUUGUGAGGACCAAUCCAAAAGAGGAUUUAGAGUAGUCACCAACUUUGAAAUUUUUGUGAUGACCAAACUUAGAGUUAAGUCCUGCACAGCAUAAUAAAUCAAAAUCAAAUUCACUUGUUUUCAUUUUAUCUUGUUGCAUUGCAUCUAUAUCCAGAAAGAUCAUCUUUAAGCAAAUGGAGAGGAUCUGGAUAUCUAAAUAGAGCCCCAAUUAUGUUAAAAAACAGAGAGGAUAUUAAGAGUGAUGACUAACGAGGAUGUUAAAAUCUCGAGAUUUCUGUGUUUGUUCCGUUUUCCAGUCUCAUAUUGCAGAUAAAUUUUUUAAUGCUAAAAGCAGAAUAGUGAUAAAGAAACAACCCAAUGUAAGAAUAUGGAUACAUACCUUGUUGUAUUGUUCUUGCAGAGAACUGUCAGCGCCUUCAGAUCCUGAGCC